GUCCAGCAAGAACAAAGCAACCACACCACAGAACCUGUAAUAGAUGACUAUAAAAAGAUGGGGACUCUCUUUGGCGAACUAAACAAAAGCCUUAUCAGAAUAGGCUUCACAAGGAUGUACUUCGGAGAACGGAUAGUAGAACCUGUGAUAAUUAUAUUCUUCUGGGUUAUGCUCUGGUUUCUUGGCCUACAAGCUCUUGGACUGGUUGCUGUUCUGUGCCUUGUCAUUAUUUAUGUACAACAGUAA